ACACUCUGACCGGAAAUCCCCAUCGUUAUGGUAGCAUGCUCCUUCCUGACUUCCUUUCCCUGCUAGCAAGUCAAGUUAGCUAGCUAGCGAGAGAGAGUCAUUGAAACAGCCAGGUUUAUUAUUAUGAAUUGACUGAUAUUUGUAUCAUAUUAGAAUUUUGUUCACAUUAUCUGAAUAACAAGCCAGUUUGCAAAAUGAACAUACGAAACGCCAGGGUAAGUGUAAAGGGUUCCUCUCGACAGCCAUGCUGCUUCUUUUACUAACCGGUGGCUAAAGCUAGUUUCCGAAGCCGACUGAGCAUCUGACCAAGUGUGGCCGAGUUCAGGGGUAUUAUGUUGUCAGGCACUUUUUUGACAUGACAUUUUCUUUCCUUCAGCCCGAGGACCUGAUGAACAUGCAGCACUGCAACCUGCUGUGUCUGCCCGAAAACUAUCAGAUGAAAUACUACUUCUAUCACGGACUGUCCUGGCCUCAGGUAGAUAGAUCACUGUGAAACCGAGCCCCUAUCCUGCUGCUGCUACCAUCACUGCUUCUUUAUUCACAUCUGUUUUUAUUGUUCCAGCUCUCCUAUAUUGCAGAGGACGAAAAUGGCAAAAUCGUGGGAUAUGUGCUGGCGAAAAUGUGAGUUUCAUUUAUAUACUUUAACCUGACAUCAGCUGGAGAUGGACCGUGUUGUUUGAUCAUGUUUUGUACUCUUCUAGGGAGGAGGACCCGGAUGAUGUGCCUCAUGGACACAUUACAUCUCUGGUGAGUCCUGACAAGAGCCUCCAUAUAGAAAUAAAAACUACUGUUUAUACUUCUAAGAGGCUUGACUUGACUGUAGAGAUCCCUAUCCCAGCAGAGAUUAUUUUUAUUCAGUUGGGCCAAUUUUUGUCAUUUUUAUAUGAUCAAAAUCUGCUAAUUACAUAUAUGUCUUAUCAAUGUGUCUGCCGUUGAUCAAUGUUAACAUCCCCCUAUGAUAACCUGCUUUUUCCCUCAUAAAUGAUCAGAUCUAAAAGCAACUGCUGGCCAGAUUUCGCCGAUAUUAUGUAUAGAAAAAUGUAUUUUAAAGUUGUUUCUGACAUAAAUUUGUCAUGGUCUGAAAUGUGUUUUUGUACUCCAUGAAUCAAUUCAUUAUCAAUCUGUGUCACAUUUCUGGCUAAAUCAAGACUGUAAUUGUUGAUCUAAUGGAUGCUUUUGUUGUUGUUUUUGUUAAAUUGUUAUAUUAAAUUGAAUGCAAAAACAACAAUGUGAUGUGCAAUGUGCAAUAUCUGCAGCAACCCUAAAACAAAACAAUAUACAUUCAUAACUACCUUUUUUUUGUCUUCCAGGCAGUGAAGCGCUCACACAGACGUCUUGGUCUGGCUCAGAAGCUGAUGGAUCAGGCCAGCCGGGCAAUGAUCGAAAACUUCAAUGCUAAAUAUGUCUCUCUGCAUGUCCGGAAAAGGUACUGUUGACUGUUGAUACUUUUAACUUUUGAAACAUGGAGAAUUUUUCAACGCACUGACCUAAUCUUUUCCUUUCCAUUACAGCAACCGAGCGGCGCUUCACCUGUACUCAAACACACUCAAAUUCCAGUAAGUUUUACAUGCUGACACUACUUAUAAUCUUGUGUUUUAACACGCACUCCUGACAUGGAGGUGCAAUGGUUCUGUCACGGUCAUAAAUAUAAGGACAGUAAUAAAUAAAGAGAAUGAGACCAAUACACUUGUUGGGCCAGAUAUACUAACAGCUAAGCGCUUAUUUAAGUUGUGGCCAUUAGCAUGCGUUUGAUAGAAACUAAACAAUGAUCAUUGACUGGAAACUGAAGUGCUAAAGAUAACCUCAGUGGUCCAAAAAUAAAAAAGUGAAACCAUGAGAGUUUUUGUUGCUGUUACAAUCAAAGGGUUUGAAUCAUCUUAAAAAUGUUUGUACAAAAAACUUAAUUUUCCCCCUUAUUAGAAGAUAAUUAAGAUACAUGUCCUAUCUUUGGCAUAUAUUGCUGUAAGAGACUUCAAAUAUCUUGCAAAGAAAUGUGUUCUUGAGUUGCUUAAAUUGUAUCUUUCAUGUUAUUGUUACUCCUCAGGAUUAGUGAGGUAGAGCCCAAGUAUUAUGCAGAUGGAGAGGAUGCCUACGCCAUGAAGAGAGACUUGGCCCACAUGGCUGAUGAGGUGAUGUAUUUCUUUAUGCUGAUAUACCACAGCAACACAUGUUGGCACUAUAAUGGCUGAUCCUCAAUGUGUCAUACUAAUACCUGUGUGUCUUACAGCUGAGGAAGCCUGGGGUUCGCGUGUCAGGUCAGGAGGCACCGUCUGGCCAGAGCCCGUCAGGGUCCGGUGAUCAGGAGAGAGAGAGCGAGAGAGACAGCGGAGGAGAGAGCAAAGAGCUGAGUGAAGUCAGCGAGGCGACAGAGAGCACAGACGUCAAAGAUUCUUCUUCUGAUUCACAAUGACCCUGCAGUUGUAGACAUUUUAAAAUUCAUCCUUCAUUUCUCAUCUCCACUUUUUAUCUGUGUUUAACAGUCUCCGAUUUACAAACCUGAAUGCCACGUGCAUCAAAGCCUCUUAUGUCGCCAUUUUUUUCAUCCGUCUCUCACUGCAGUGAUGAACAAAUCUCUCAGAUGAUGACAUGAAUUAGGAUGUUAAAGAAACUUAAAUAAGUGACAGGUCCGAAUGUUUUUACAGGAUCGCUGUUGUGGCCCAAAAUAUUCAGCAAGAUUUUCAGAACCGAAAACAACUCGUUCUUUUUGAAGUUGUAUCAUUCUGGUUUAUUAUUUAACAAUUCCUGGAAAUAAAUCUUUCAAAUAACGUCUUU